AUGCCUCAAUACACGUCACGCGACGUCGGCGACCCGUCGCAGAUCAAGAAGAACAAGCAGUCGAUGGCUGACCUGAAACUACGACGGCUAACGGAGCUCAACAACCGCCUGCGCGAGGAUCUCGAGCGUGAGCGCAUCCCCGUCAGCACAGCUGCCAAGAGCAUCAUCGCCUACUGCAACGGCACGAGGGAUUACAUGGUCCCGUCAGUAUGGGGCGCGGUGCCCAAGGGAGACGACCCCUACGCGCCACAACAAUCGGGCGGCUGCUGCGUCGUCAUGUAG